AUGGACUAUCCCGUCCUCCCGCCACAGGACAUCCCCUCCCAGUCCUCCCAGUCCCAAGCAUCACACAUCAAAUACCACCUCCCGUAUUUUACUCCUGUAGAGGUCGAGCACCUCUCCGACAAGCAGCGAGGCAAGUUGUCUGUUACCCAGGAGGAGAAAAUUAGGCAGCAAGCAUGUGGAUUCAUGGAGGCCGUAGGUGCCAAAAUUGGGUUCCCACGGAAGACGAUUGCUACAGCUCAAAAUCUGUACCACCGUUUCCACUUAUUCUUCCCUCGGAAGGAUUUCAAUUUCUACGACGUGAGCCACGCUUCCCUGUACGUGUCAUCUAAGAUGCACGACACGCUCAAGAAGCCUCGAGAGAUCCUCAUGGUCUCCUACGCCGUGCGCUCCCCAGAACUGGCCGCCAAGUCCAAAUCUAUAGCAGGUGAAAUUGACGUAGACCCAGCGAUUGUCGAGCAAGAACGGCAACGGCUCUUAGCUGUAGAGAGGCUGCUUCUUGAGGUCAUCUCCUUCAACUUCACCUCUCGCAUGCCAUUCCCUUAUGUCAUCAAGGUCGGCAGAAAACUGAAGGGCGAGUGGCCCCAGGAAAAGUUGACAAAGUUAGCGUGGCGUCUUACCAUUGACAGCUAUCGCACCCUGGCCAACCUGGAGUUCCCGCCACAUGUCGUCGCUCUUAGUUGCCUCUACCUUGCCGCUCUUCUCUCUUCGUUCGAAGAGAACACAUCACCUGAACGCCCGGGCUCCAACAGCAGUCAGCAAAUUGCUGAGACACUGGGAAAGCCCGGGCCAUGGGAGCGUCAGUUCCAAACACAGGUGCAAGAUCUCGAAGAGAUCGCACACGCUGUAAUGGACCUCCUGAUCGUGGCGUCGCAAAAUCCACAAGCGAACACUUCACCAACGACGCCCUCAUCCCCGUCACCGCAUCUCAGCCGUAGCCAGCACACUCAUCCCGCGGCGCACGCCCCACUGCCACCAAUACCAUAUAAAACGGACCAGCUGAUCCGGCUCAAGAUCGCGAUGCGCGAGCGGGAACACCCUCCACGGGAGCGCGAGAGCUUAGCGCCGGGGCAAGUUGAGAACGAGGCAUCCUUGCUGGGGCGUAACGAAGGGACCGUGCGGUUUCUGUUCGGCCCUCCUGGCAUUGCGGAUGCUUGA